CAUCUCGUUGACUCGCGCCCGGUUUAUCCGACCGAGAUACCCUCUGCAGACUCAAGUUCCCCGGCAUUUGUGUUGCACGACCAAAGCACACGGAGGCGCGAGCCUGUCGAGACAACAAUUCAACCGGAUGACUUGCGGGCCAUGAGCCCGCGGAUGACAAGCGAGGAUGUUGAAGCGUUGGAGCGUGAAAUGCACACUGAACUGCGCCGGCAUGCGAAGGCGUUGCAGGACUCGCUACUCCUCAUCUUUAACCGCGUCGAGGCAGUUAAGAAGGGACAUGAGAAGCUAGACAGUAGCAACAAGUUGCUGCAGAAGUGUAUUGGAGAUUUGACUAGCAUGCGCUAG